CCAGUGUUGGAGCCGCCCCUCCUCGGGCGGAAGCUCCUCCCCUUUGCACUCGCGUGGCCCAAGAUGGCGUCUCCCAUGGCGAGCCAGGCUGGCAUAGCGCUCCGCGAUUUGGCUUUGCUCAGAGCUACCCUGCUCAGGAGGCGCAACCCGGGUAUGCAGUUAACCCCUAGACGAUGGCUAAACCUGCAGGAAUAUCAGAGUAAGAAACUGAUGGCUGAUCAUGGAGUCACAGUUCAGAAAUUCUUCGUGGCUGACACUGCAAAUGAUGCUGUUGAGGCUGCUAAGAGAUUAAAAGUGACAGAAAUUGUGUUGAAGGCCCAGAUCUUAGCUGGAGGAAGAGGCAAAGGUGUUUUCAGCAGCGGUUUGAAAGGAGGUGUACAUUUAACAAAAGACCCUAAAGAGGUAGGACAGCUUGCUGAGCAGAUGAUUGGAUACAAUCUUACAACGAAGCAAACACCAAAGGGUGGUGUUAAAGUUAAGAAGGUUAUGGUGGCAGAAGCAUUAAACAUUUCCAGAGAAACAUAUUUUGCAAUAUUAAUGGAUCGAGCUUGCAAUGGGCCUGUUCUCGUUGGCAGCCCACAGGGUGGAGUUGAUAUAGAAGAAGUAGCUGCUAAAACUCCAGAACUUAUCUUCAAGGAAGAAAUAGAUAUUUUUGAAGGUGUAAAGGAUACUCAAGCAAUACGGCUGGCAGAAAAUUUAGGAUUCAAGGGGCCUCUGCAAGAACAGGCAGCAGAUCAAAUAAAGAAGCUAUACAAUCUUUUCCUGCAAAUUGAUGCCACACAAGUUGAGGUGAAUCCCUUUGGUGAAACUCCAGAAGGACAAGUGGUAUGCUUUGAUGCCAAGAUAAACUUUGAUGACAAUGCUGAGUUCAGACAAAAAACGAUAUUUGCCAUGGAUGACAAAUCUGAGAAUGAACCAAUGGAAAAUGAAGCUGCCCACUAUGACUUAAAGUACAUAGGUCUGGAUGGAAACAUUGCCUGUUUUGUAAAUGGUGCUGGACUUGCAAUGGCAACCUGUGAUAUAAUUUCCCUUAAUGGUGGAAAACCUGCCAACUUCCUGGAUCUUGGCGGAGGUGUGAAGGAAGCACAAGUGUAUCAAGCAUUCAAAUUGCUCACUGCUGAUCCCAAGGUUGAAGCAAUUUUAGUAAAUAUAUUUGGUGGAAUUGUCAAUUGUGCCAUUAUUGCCAACGGUAUCACCAAAGCUUGCCGAGAGCUUGAAUUGAAAGUGCCUCUAGUGGUCCGACUUGAAGGAACAAAUGUUCAUGAAGCCCAGCGCAUUCUGAAUGAAAGUGGACUCCCCAUCACUUCUGCACGUGACCUUGAAGAUGCUGCUAAGAAAGCAGUGGCCAGUGUGACAAAGAAAUAAAGAGAACCGAUACCAGAGAUGACUUUCCAGAACUGCCAUCGAAGACAUAUUGAGAAUUAUUUUAACCAGCAUGAACACCGAGGUUUGGCCUAACUGACCUGUUAAUGACAAACUAUAAAAUAUUCAGUGUGUGAAAAGCUUGGAACUACAUUUCUUACACAGAACCUUUAUUUUUCAAUAUUGGGACUGACUCUCCUACAAGCGAGUAUGAUGAGUAACUACUGUCGGUUGCCAUUUAGGUUUCUCUUUGUAUAUGUUAAUUGAUUGUGACUCCCAAUUUUUCUAAGAUACUUUGAUACAUCUUUAAUACGAAAAAGGAUAGUUGAUCAUGGUUGGCCCUUUGCUGGGGAUUGUUAUCAAGACCUAAGGAACUACAAGGGUGACUCUGUGUAUCAAAGUAUGAAAGGGAGAUGCCUUUCCCAUAUCAUGUGGAGAACUUCCAAAAUAGGGAUAUGAUGUGACAUGGAGACCUGCUAUUCGAAAUACAAGCAGUCAUAAAGUCUAAUUGGGGCAUGCCAGAAGCCAGAAGUGUGUCUACAGUAGCUGUCUGAAUCCCAAGCAAUAUUUAAUAAGGCUUUCCAGUUAGGGCUAGAAAUCUUCAUAAUUUGUAAUUUGAAGGAAAUGAAUGGUAAUUAGAUUUUCACCACCACCAUUUCAAACAUAUUAUAAACUGCAAUGAUUGAUAUCCAAUGUAUACAUCACAUUAGAAGAACGUUCAAAGACCUAAUUGUGUGAAAGAGCCAUUUUUAUAUUGUCCUAUGAAUUCUCAUGUGAAUGUUUUAAGUGCUGAAGAAAAAUACACAUCCCAAUGUCAUACUUGGCAGUAUCUGUAAACAUAUGCGUCCAGUAAAUAUUCACUGUCUUUAGAAAUCAAUGUGUAUAGUAGCUAAAAAUAGUAUCUUGAAGAAAUUUAGGGUGGUGAUUCCUUAAGGUGUUUAUGCUGUUAUCCUAAUGUUCUUAAUCAGAAUGAAUAAAAAUCAAAACUAUCAGGAAACCUGCUAUCAUCUGAAAGAAUAUGAAAAAUAAAUUGAGGUAUGAUCCCACCUAAGCACUUUUAUAUUCUGUAAAUUUCAGUGCAAAUGUUCACCAAGGACAUCACCUUCAUACUGAAGUAAAGUGGAUUUCAGAGUACUUAACUUGGGCUUGAUUGUGCCUUUGAUGAUUGGGAAAUAUGUAUGCACAAAGUGCAAAGGCUAUCAAAUUGAUUCAAUAACCACACUGAUGUGUUUGUUUAACAAUGGAGUUCUGAAAUUCAGGAUACUUGCUGUUGAAAUUAGGAAGUAGGGUUAUAAACAAUGUUAUUCAACUGACAAGCCAAGAAUGUAUGUCAGCAAGAUAUUUAAUGGUAAAGAAUAUGAACGAUUUUUGGUUUACUACAAUUAAAUACUAUCAUCUAAUAAAUUUCCCUGGGAUUACA